UAUGCCAGACUCUCCUCGAGUCCCUUGUCGAUGUUAAGCAGCUUGUUAGAUAUUUGUCCUCAUUUAGUAUUCAAUACAGGCCGAACUGGUCAUCUGAACACGAGAUGAGAACAAAGGACACUUUUAAUUCCCUUUCUCUUUUACAGCCUUUGCCACAGUAUUGAACCGGAUCUUUUAACACAUUGACUAAUGUUAUUUAAUUGGCCAGUUCGUACUAGUUUGGAAAUGAGUUGGAGACCAUUGCAGGCACAUUUCAGCUUUACAGCCAUUAUAUGGAGCAAUGAAAGUCAGAUUAUGACGGGCGCAUAACUAAGCCAAUUCUAUAAUCCAUAAACACAACGUACAACGAUAUUAUUAUUAAUUAUACAAAGGGAAUAUACAUUCAAGAAGACAUUUCUUUAAACGUGGGUUAAUAUAUAAGCAAGGUGUUUCUCAUUUCAAACCGUUGUGUAGGAACGAUGUUCGGCAGGCGCCCCUCAUAUCAAUGUGGCUUUACUGUAUGUAGCGGUAUAAGCAAUCAGAGGCGACAUGAUAACUAACUCAACUUAAUUUAAGAUUAAUUACUAUUGUUAUUUGACAAUAAACAAAGACAACAAUGUGUUGUUCUACCUCAGUGAUUGAAGCAAUACGAUUUCAUAUACUUCAUAUCGACAAUCGCCGGAUGUCGCAUUUUAUAAAUGCGGCUGUUAAGUUUGAAGCAAGUGAAACAAACGAAUCAAAAUCCAACACAUUUGUGGUCUCCAAAUUUUAACUUGAAUCAAAAUUUGUAAAAAAACCAAGUUUUGCUACCAAACAAUUCUUCCGUUUAGAACCAAUGAUAUCUACACUUUGAUUAUAUUUUUAUUUGGGUUUAUCCUCAGAGUACUCCAUUUGAUUACAACAGAAUUUCGAACUAAUUUGUAAUUAGAGACAAUAUAACUCGUGCAGUUGGAACUGACCAAAGGAAAUAACGAUUAGAGACAUCCAUCUUACUUGCUCGUACGCGAUAAAUGUUAUGAUAGAUAAUGACAAGUAUUAUUUAACGAGUUAAUAAACGUAAAUUAGAACAUGAGUAGAGAUUUCUCUAAUUAUUUUUCUCUCUCAGUGCACCUUUUCCCUCUGUAAAUCAAUUCGCAUUUAACAGUUACACGUAAGCAUCCGCUACGAUGUCCUUCGCUUGACUGGUCUUCACUUAAAAGGGCAGAGGACAGUCUUCAUUUGCAGAUUCAAGCACUUUUCAAAUGAGGUGCUUACUUUCAUCCAAGUCAACCCGUUGGUUGGUAGGUUGCAUGUAUUAGGCUGUGCAAAUGGGAAAGAAUACGGAAUAGCACGACAAACCGCUAAUUUUAAUUCCCGGCCUACAAAAAGCGUCUGCAGCUUCCACAUUCAACUUCCAUCGGUGGGUUUUAAUUUAUGUAAAUCACGAAUAUGAUCUGUUGGAAUUGCAGUGAAGAUUUUACGCAACGAUCAAAUCUGAUGUUUUAGGAAUAAUCUCAAUUUGCAGCAAGGAGUAAUCUUAAUAUUGCAGCGCCACCAUAUUCUGAAGUUAAUACAAUGUGUUGCUGCAGUUCUUAAGGCAACAAACUUCAAAAUCUGAUUCCGUUCGCAUAUUUACGAUUCAUAUCAAUCAAAACUUUAAAAUGAAGUGGUCAUUGGAUGGUUAUUUUGUGUAAUAUAAACUACAGCAUCUAUGCCUCAAUUCUAAAGAUCCGAGAAAAUAAGCUCAAUAGUAGAGAACGGUUUUAUUAUUUGCCAAACUCGAUAUUACAUAUGAAAAGGAAAUGUAGAAAAGCACUCCCUUCAAAAUAAAAGUGAAAGCUUUAAUAGACGUUUUUUCGCUUAAUUUCUUACUAAGAAACACAAGUCAAAGAUUGUAUUAUCACGUCAAUCUGAUUUCGCAGUUGAGUUAAAACUGUGUCUUAUGAUUCGGUGCACGGCCAAAACCCAGCUUGGAAAUCUUCUUACUUACUUGUGACAGACUAUUGAUUUUUGCAUUUUAAAAAUAUCAGAAUUUACAUUCGUCCUAUUUAAUAGAGCGUGGCUUCAACAGUGAAUGAAACAACGCAGAUGUUUUUUUGAAGUUUCCAAAUAUAGAAAGGUAUCUGUGACAGUCUGUGGUGUGUAAAUUGAAUUAUUUUGUUGCAGUGUUUGCUUUAUCCUUAGUCACAGGACAAAUUUUUGGCACUGGGAGUUAAAGGAGCUACCUAGCAGACCCUGAAAGCCGAUAGGUUAAUUUCGAGUGUAAUACCUUCGAGCAGCAAAGGAUGGAUCUUAAUGACCAAAACUGAUCUAUGGUAAUUUCGACAUUGGAUCACAUGACUCGUUUACCCUUAGAAUCAAUCAGGAUGAAUUGCACGUCAGCUUGCGUUUCCAAUUUUUUUCUUUCGCGGACCCUGUUCGUCGGUUUUUAGAGGAGAAUACAUGGAGCAUGUUUAACAUCAUCGAUCCUGAUCAUUCGUCCUCGCAACUCAGAAAACAAAAUAUGACAGAGUUUGAAGACCGUAGUAGCUGCGCCUCGAGUAUGUAUUUGCCCAGCUGCACGUACUAUGUUUCAGCCCCAGACUUCUCGUCAGUAUCAACAUUUUUACCGCAGAGCACUUCUUGCCAAAUGACAUUUCCUUACUCCUCUAAUUUAACCCAGGUUCAACCUGUCCGAGAGGUGUCGUUCAGAGAUUACGGAUUAGAACACUCCACUAAGUGGCAUUAUAGGAGCAAUUAUGCCCCUUACUGUUCUGCAGAAGAAAUAAUGCAUAGGGACUAUAUCCAACCACCGACCAGGACGGGAAUGCUGUUUAAAAACGAUCCUGUAUACAGCCAGCGUGGAGGCUCAAACCCAUCUUGCAAUUUCUACACGGCAGUGGGGAGGAAUGGAAUACUUCCUCAAGGCUUUGAUCAGUUUUUUGAGACAGCUUAUGGGAUUUCUGACUGCUUGAGCUAUGAACAGUUAACCGAAAAGUCUGGAUCGAAGCGCAAGACUAUCACAGCAUCUGACAAAUUUUCUUCGGCCCAGGAGAAAGAAAGUACAACCGAAAAAACCACCGUCGAGUCCUCCAGUAACAUCGGAGCCGAGAAAAGCAACCUAUCUGGACCCCUGCGAUGCAGAAAGAAGAGAUGCCCUUAUACCAAAUAUCAAAUCCGGGAACUUGAACGAGAAUUUUUCUUCAACGUUUACAUAAACAAAGAAAAACGCUUGCAGUUGUCGAGAAUGUUAAAUCUCACCGAUCGACAAGUCAAAAUCUGGUUCCAGAAUCGAAGAAUGAAAGAAAAGAAACUCAGCAGAGACCGGCUGCACUUUUUUACUGCCAAUCCUUUAUUGUGACUGUGAUACAUUUUACGCUGUGGAUGAUCUUCCAGCAAUUCCCCUUUGCCUUAGUCAAUAUUUAUUUACAGAAGGAGUGACUGCAAGGAUGACAGGAUAGUUUUGCGGAGAGAGAACUGUCCUUGCUACGAUCGAUGUAAAAUCGGAUCUAAGGUGCCACGGUUGUGCGGGAACCAUGACCGUAAUGUUUAUCAGAGAACAUUUUUACCUCAGCAUUUCUGUUAUUCAGUUCCAACGGAAGAAUUUCGAUGCUGCGGAAUAAUCAGGUUGAAUAAAAGCGUUUAUUUUGAACAAUAAACAGGAGUAAUAAAGGGCUGAAAUGGAGCAAUCUUUCGUUCAAAGCGAUAGGUCAAUCAGAUAAUAUAGUAUUUUUUUAUUUCUGUUAUAGUCAUUGUGCAGCCAGACUAACCAUACUUGUUCAAGCUGUGUUUAUCCUCAUUCAAAAUAUAUUCCUAUUUAUUAUUUUACUUAUUCCGUUGUAUUUCAUUAAGUAAUUAAGCAAUACUGUAGCUAGAGAUGUCUAACGCUGUUGUAAUGAUAAUAAUUUUGUUUUCAGCUUGCAAACUAAUUGACAUUUCAUGGUAAAUGCAUGUGUUAAAAUGUCUUUUUGUCUCAAGUCAAUAAAAACCUUAUUUUAAAAACUUA